AUGGCGGAGAAAAAGAACGAAUAUCCGGCUAGCGUUGAGGCGGACCGGCGUCUGCUGGUGUUUGAAACAUGGCAGGAUUAUUUAGAUUCACUCAUUGAAAUUGCUGACCUGCGAAACCUCAGGAGCAUACCCGCCGCUCGGACCAUUGCUGCGUUCGGAUAUAGAGCAAAUGGCGACACAUUGCAAGAAAGGGAGUUUUACAAACGCCGAAAGGUUAUACACGGUGUAGUGUUCCCAGUGGUACAGCCGUAUGUGCUGGUGAGCGAGGGCGCUGAUCUUGAGGACCCUUUCAAUAGGGAGCUGGCAGUAAGAGAAAGAGCAAAUAGAGUUGGCAUUCUACAGUCGAUAAUUUUCAUUCGCCACUUCACUAAGGGCGGUUUCGAAAUUUCCGGCUACAUCGAUUUCGCUCACCGCCUGAUCGCCGAGAACUGGGCGCCAUUUUUCAAGGGGAACAAAAUGCUGUGGCCCCGGGACAGCGAUCUGGGAUAUUACCAUUGGAGGCACGGGACUGUCCGGAGCAACAUUAGCCGGAAUUACAAGCCGGUCAUGGAUCCAGAUCGGGGCCUCCUUUUUCAAAAUCGACAUGACCACAAAAUUAUCUGUCCCGAUCCCCAGCAGGACCCGGGACAGAACACAAGCAAGCAACGGAUAUAUUCGCCUAAAUACACGCACAUCGAGAUUUAUGAUCACGUCGUUCGAAGAAAAAGCUGA